ACUCGGUCAGAGACCCGCCUUCAGAACGGUUUCGAUCGCUGGAGACUGAGGCCGAGUCGAUUUCUACAGAGUGACCUGCUACGAACAAUAAUCCACCGUUGUCAUCAUGGGGCUGUAUCGCGUUGGACCGGUUCUGUUGCUUGCGGUGCUAAUUAGUAGUUUUCAGUUGGCGAUUUGUGAAAGUGAAGUCGAAGAACCCGUAACGAUAGAGUUAUGUACGGACAACUUGCCAGAAUCGAAAGAACUUCUUCCAACGACGACCGAGCCAAUUGUCACAACCUUCGACUCACUUAGUUCUCUCAGUGAUGCGAUCGAAUAUGAAGCAGCCGACGUUAACCGUUUCUUCGAUGCCGUGAAGAAGCAGAUGAAAUGUGGAUAUCCCAAGUUUGGCGUACCAUCGCUGGUUCCGCUCAAUUUGAGCUACAAGCUCAAAACGUCUCUGGAUUUCCUCAACCUUAAAAAGGUUUACAUCAGUGCCACGAACUUUGUGAUACAUGGACUGGAUAACUUCAGCUGGAAGGCAUCUAACACCUCGUUCAGCCGCACCAAAACCAAUUUGAUGCUCAACUUUCCGAAUGUAACGAUCAUCGCCGACACCUCGCUGAAUCGGGCCAACGGAACUUCGCGUCUAUCACUAUAUGACACUCUCGUAUAUCUGGAAGCAAAGUACGAGGAGAAGAACGACUUGCUCUAUGUCACUGAGUUGGAUGGCGAUCUUGCUCUGCGUGCAUCAACCGUCAAAAUAGCGCAUCUGUUCCCAAAGAGUGCCAAGUUGACGAAAAUCUGGAACAAGGCAAUCAGCGAUUCGCUGCCGGUGGUGACCAAACUCAUAACCUCCCGCAAGCUGAAUGUAGACUUCGUAAACCGCAUCCUGAACGGAUCCAAGUACUACGCGAUGAACACCAUCAAUACCGGACUGUUGACGUACCGUAUGAACUUCGACCGGACGGUGGAGAGCAUGAAGCGAUUCUCGGAGAUGACGGAUGAUUCGCUAAUGUGCACUGAAUCGGAACAGGUGGGCAAGUCCAGAGUGUUGUAGAUGACAGAAGACCAGUGAGAUGCUAACUGUAGGAUUAAGUGUUAUUUAUCUUUUGAAUUAUUCGAUAAUAAAUCGUACUGACAAAUAAACAUCAUGUUUGUUGUCGUAGAGAUGCUCAAACUAAGUUUAUUAGAUCGUAUCAGAUGCUAUACGGAGAAAUGCAACAUUCGAGGAAAUGAGAUUCGAAGUAUUGGCGAGCGUGAAAUUGACAUUUAAGAAAUAAUUCCUAAAAACGUUGAUUCUUCAGUCUAAAUACUAAAUUUUCCUGUGCGUCUUUUUGCUAUCAUAUACUUUUUCUGUUGAAGUGUUGAUGUUUUAUCUAAAUCCAAUCCAAAUCCAAUAAAUUGUUCGCUACCUGUA